AUGCUAAUCUGCGUUACCAGAGCAAUAGAUUCACAGUUUUACACAGUCUUCAAGCCACAUGACGGUAAAUAUCCAUGUUAUCGUCAACCAGCCAUUGUGACUACUAAUCAAGAGCGAACACAUUUGAUGGUAUUUGCCGAAGGUCGAUUUGUCACUAGUUGUGCACCACCUUUGGAAAAUAGAGUCGAGAGAGACAAUCGUCCCAAUGAAGAUGGUGGUUUAGAGAUUCGUCGCUCGGAAGAUAGCGGAUCUACUUGGCUUUCUGCACAAACAGUGUAUACAGGAAACAUCGAUUUCUACACUGUAGUUUGGGACAGUACAUCUAACACAGUUUACUUGAUGUUACAGGCAUCUUCAUCAGUUCUUCUGUUUAUUUCACACGAUGAAGGAAUAACAUGGUCAGAUCCAACGCCUUUAAAUGUGUUUCCUCCUCCACCUUUUAGUAAAUCAAUCAAACCUGCUGUUGGUCACGGAAUUGAGAUCAUCGGCUCAUUAUGUGGACGAGAGAAUUGUUCUGACGCUGGAACGUUGUUGAUGCCAUUUGUGUGUACUAAUGGAUCAAGCCAUACAGGUGAUAAUGGUUCAUGUCCUAGUUGUUAUGCAUGUGUUUUAAAAAGCGAAAUGCCUGAGAAAAAUCAGAAUCGACAAUGGAAUUUUACAGGAAUAGCACAGCAGUAUACGCGUGAAUCACAACUCGUACAAACGAUCAAUAUGGAUGCGGGCGCUUCAUAUAUUUAUUUGAAUGGUCGAAACUUUUCUCCUGUUCCAGGACAUCGUUACUUUGCACGUUCUACAAAUGGUGCUGACCAGUUUACUGAAUUUGGAAUUGACUCAUCGUUAAUAGAACCUGUUACCAAAGCAUGGACUGGAGUAGUUUGUUCGAUUGAACGAAAAUCCAUAAAUCCCAGUCGUAUUCUUUUCAGUGGUCCAGCCAAUGCGACAGUACGUUCUAAUUUAACUCUUCGACUUUCGUAUGAUGAAGCUCAUUCAUGGUCAAUUUCUCGCAUAUUAUUCUCUGGACUUAGUGGCUACUCUGAUAUAGCAGUCGUCGGUGAUGGAAAGAAUGUUGCCUUAGUUUUUGAAAAUGGUGAAGAGACAUUUGCAGAUCGAAUUUCUGUUGCCAUUGUUCCUGUAUCAUGGAUUGAGAAUAAUAAAAAAAAUGGCAACAAAAAACUUUAG